AUGCUGUUUGUCGAGGGCCCCGCCUCAUUUCAAAUCGACAUCAUGGAGACCGUUGUGUCCCGCAAAGACGCCGUGCUCGCUUUCACCCGGGCUCAACUCGAAAGUCCCGGCGCCGCAGCACCGGACCACUACAUCUUGACCGAGGCUGCCGACGCCGCCGAGUCGUGGUGCUCGGUAUUUGCGGCAGCGCGAAAGGCAGCCAUGUCACAGUCGCUCGACGGCAUGGGCGUUUACUCGCGCAAGUUUGAUUCGGAGGUCCUUGCCUCGACGGCGGCCGCCUUUGCGGCGGCGGCCUCGCGGCAAGCUGCCAGCCAACCAGUCCAAAGCCGCCGAUCUACUGCACCCGAGCGCCGGCGGCGGCGAACUUAUCGGCGGUCUGCCCUCGCUGUCGACGCUCGACCCCGGCGCCACUCGCGCGAACGCUCGCCAGCAUUUCCAAACGAUGGCUCGCGGCUAGCCCCAGGCGACCACCUUUCUUCGCCGAGCCACAGCCGCAGCGGCAGCAGCAGCGGCAGCGGCAGCGCCGACUGUUUGAGCGCGCGCUACGUCCCCGUCGCGUGGAAGGUCAACGGUACCGAGCCGCGGCCAUCCAAUGCCUCCUCGGCUGUGGCGAGAGAGGAUCCCAAGAUGCUGGGGGCGUGGUACCGACUUUACUUUGCGUGUGAGGCGCAUGUCAACUGGGUUGGCGAGAUCCAUCACUCGGACGGCGCUCCGCCUGUCCCCACUGUCAUAAGCAUCCAUCGAUCCACCCACAGCCCGAGAGCCAUGCUCCGAGCCAUUGUGUGGACCCCGUCUGUUGUCAUCCCGUUCUGCCUUUCGGCGCCAACCAAGUCGAUGGCACACAAGCGCGAUCUAGCUGCCGUGCUGGAUGAGUACGAUCCGUCCGGCGUGGUUGCCAAGCAACGUGCCGAUCUCGCCACUGUUUCCGACGCGCGCCUUGUUGCCGCCCUCCUCAACAUCGAAGAUAGUCUUUACCCGCGGCUCGUCAACGUCACUCUGCACAAGUCCGACUCGAUCAACGCCGGCAUGGACAACUCCUCGCGCACCACCUUUGACCAGCUUGUUGCCACGCUCUCUGCUGCCAGUCCGUCGCUCACUGUUCGCGUGGGUACGACAGACCUGCGCUGCCGCGUCGAGCCGGAUCACGAUGAGGCACACGCUGACACUCUGUCGUAUGCUUCCAACAAUGCGCCUGAGGCCUCUCACCACGUCGCUGUUGUGUUUGCGCCGUCUCUAUCCACAGCCAUUGACUCUGGCGUCCUUCUGCGCGCAUCGGUUGUUGCUGUGGCUGUGCCGCGUCGCAAUCGCCUCGUCGCGCACAUCCUUGUUCCGGAUCAUGUCAAACCGUUUGGUCCCGCGCUCGGCCGCGGCCGCAUCCACUUUGACGCCUCAUCGAGUGGCCUCCACACUCUCUUCACCCACAUGCUCAAUGGGCUUUGCACGUCGACGUUGUCGGGAGACGAGCGCAGAGAGACCAUCGUCGCUCAUCGGACCACUACUCUUACUCGUGCCCUCGAGUUUAACCGCUCCACCAAGGGCGCCCGCCUCGCUGACAUUGCGCGCAUCACGCUGCCGCGGGUCGUCGGCUCGCAACUCAACGCCACAGCCUUGGCACCAGCGCGCGACGGGAUGCAGUCCUUUAUGCCAUACGUAGUCAUCUCACGAUUUGGCAUGCCCGUCACGGCCUGGGCAUGGUACGGCUCGCAGCAUCUUUAUGCCACAACCUCGGGCGUCUUCCUGGCACCCUCACCGCUCGCCGGCCUGGAUGCGACUCCCACGUGCAUUGCCAAGGGCAGCUGGUCACGUAUCGACGUCUUACCAGCCAUCCACGUCGCACUUCUGCACUCGAACUCCUCCCGCGUCCCCAUCACUGUCGUCUUUCUCAACUCGAUCGGCAGCCGGGUAACCAAGCGGCUCACUGCCUCGCGCCACGCUCGCCUAGUCGACAUCUUUGAUUCGGGUGGACCUGAUCCGCGAGUCGCCACCGUCUCCAAAAACGGCACCAUCCGUGUCUACUCUUGGCAGUCGUUCCACUUUGAGCUACUCUCAACGCUCGAGCUCUCUUCUCGGGUCACGUCGAUGCGCUUUGCCCUCAACGGGCCGUGCAUCGGCUCUUUGCUUGUCGCAACCGAUGCUGGCGCCAUGGUCGUCGAACGCGACUCGGAUCUGGCCCUCGCCAUCUCUCCACCGAUCUCGAUGGUCGCCGGCCCUCUUGCCAUGCCCACUGCUGUUGUCCAGCUUGAUCUCGCCGGGCCGUCGUCGCACCUGGCACUUGCCGCCGGUUUGUUCGUCGGUGUCGUCGACGCGCAAUCUCGCCAGCCCGGUCGACUGGCCGCCACCUUCUACUUAACCCGCCGCCCGCACACACUUGCUUCGCUUGGCCACUACAUCUUGGGCAUCUCCACCUUUGCUAUCGAGGUCCGCAAUGCUCGCAACGGUGCCUAUGUUCAACUCAUCAAGCUCCCGCCGCCCAUCCGCCUUGCUGCGCUCCGCCCGCACCUUGUGGUAAUUGCAGGCACGUUUUCGCUUGCCACCGGCAUCGUUGCGAAGCACAUCAAGUCUACCACGCUCUCGCGUCCGCAUCACCACGCGCUCCAGCUCCCACCGUCGUGCGCGCUCGAGGACAACUACCCCGCACUCGCUCACGGACUCCCAAACAAGCACUCAACUGUCACCAACGCAUCUCGUGCCAAAACCCGCGGCAACACCACCCACGACGCUUCCAACGUCCUCCCGGCAAGCGACAGGUUGUCGGAUCUCGAGACAACUGGUGUUCUCCCUUCGAUUGCCUCGGGGGAGACCGAGCCGCUGACUGCCAGCAUUCGCGGCUCACUGUCUGAUUCGGCCAUCCUUGCUGCGGUAGCAGCGCCCUUUGAGCCUGCUAGCUCCAUGCCAGAGGUUCAGGACGAGGUGAACAUGCAAGGCAUGCGUUCGCUUUCAAUGUCGAGCUUUGCCUGGAAGAACAAUGGCAGCAAGAGCGGCAAGGACGGCGACUCGUCAUCCGACUCGUCAUCCGACUCGUCGUCCAACUCGUCAUCCGACUCGUCAUCCGGCUCGUCAUCCGACUCGUCGUCGGGCUAG